AGUCUGGAAAAACAGUCAAAAGUGCGCUAGAUAAAGAUGAAGUCGAUGGACUUAAAGAAGAAGUGUCGAGGGGGUUCUUGGUGCGUCCAAAAGACUCAGGGUGCUCUGCGCGCGCUGCUUUGUGCGCUUUGAACAUCUGUGGAGCAUGUGGAGUGGGAACAGGUGGGGUCCUUGCGCGUCUCUUACCGUCAGUCUGUGGUGAACAUCGGUCUCUCUUCUGGUCACCACACUUUGAUGGUUGAAGGCUAUGUGGCACUAUGGCUUGGUGUGACCGCGGGGUUCAGACGUUGCUGGCCACAGUGGGUGCUUUUGCUGCCUUCAGUCUCAUGACUAUCGCCAUCGGCACGGACUACUGGCUCUAUUCGCGGGCAUAUAUUUGUAACGGCACCAAUUUAACUACAGAUGAAAGUCAGCCUCAGCCCAAAAGCAAAAAGGGGGACCUGACCCAUUCCGGGCUCUGGAGGAUCUGCUGCAUAGAAGGGAUCAAUCAAGGCAGCUGUUACAGAAUCAACCACUUUCCUGACGACAAUGACUAUGACACAGACAGCUCCGAGUACCUACUGCGUAUUGUGCGUGCCUCCAGCAUGUUUCCCAUCCUGAGCACAGUGCUGCUGAUGCUCGGGGGGCUGUGUGUCGGAGUGGGCCGCCUGUAUAAUAAAACCAACACAGUCCUCCUCAGCGCGGGCAUCUUGUUUGUAGCAGCAGGCCUCAGCAACAUCAUUGGAAUUAUUGUGUAUAUCUCCAGCAAUGCAGGUGACCCCAGUGACAAACGGGACGAUGACAAAAAAUACACCUAUUCCUAUGGCUGGUCCUUCUACUUUGGCGCUCUGUCCUUCAUUGUGGCAGAAACUGUGGCAGUGCUGGCUAUUAACAUUUACAUUGAGAAAAACAAAGAGAUCCGUUGGAAGGCACGGCGAGAGUUCAUUCGGUCUCUCUCCUCCUCCUCUCCUUACUCCAGGAUACCCAGUUUUCGCUACCGCCGGCGGACGUCCCACACAAGUUCUCACUCCACUGAAGCUUCACGUGAAAACUCUCCAGUAGUUGGCCUAAAGAGGGCGCCGUCUUCCAGCGGACCUCUAGAUGAACUGUCUAUGUAUGCAUUAGCACGCGACAGUGUCACCGAAAACACCUACAGCCCAGAACACGAGGCAGCAGCUGAGUUCUUACAGGUCCAUAACUGUUUUCCCAAUGAUUUAAAAGAUGGAGGCAACCGCAGGACAACACCAGUGUGAGCAACUCCAUCUUAGAACAAAACCAAUAUGGCUGACCUGCCUUAGAAUAGUCAUGAAUUGAAAAGGCUUUCUUGAAGAGAAUGCCUUGAAGAACAUUUCAGACAGUGACCUAGACAGAGUCAACUAUGUGUUUUUUCUUUCGUUGCUUAAGACUUUCAAAGUAGAUUCUCCAUUAAGUGUACCAUAGCCAAACCAGUGUUACCUUUCAGCUGUGGCCUUGACCUGUGCAGCUGUUGCCACACACCAUUUCCAAGAGUGGUGUCUUCAGCAGACUUGUAAAUGAUAUAACAUGGUGCUAAGAAAAGUCAACUCCACAUGUCUCUGUAAGUUAAGUCAUGCCUUAUGCUCUCCCUCUGUAGGCCUUUAGGAGAGAGUUUAUCCUCCACCAUUUAUUGGCUUGAACUAAUGCCAGUUUUUGUCCUGUGCGUAUCUUCCAUAUCUUUUAGAAUGUCCUCCACCCAGAUGUAACACUGUGUACAUUAUACAAUUAUAACUAAAGAUCUGAGCCAGACACCAAAUCGUGAACUCCAUGUUUGUCAUUCUAUCCACAUACCUCUCUGGUAUCCACUGUUUUACUUGUACAGUCUUUAGUUCUCUCAGGUAUAGCCUAUGAGAUGAUUACAUAUUAUCUACAAUUGGAGAAAAUGCCAUUAAUGUUUGAGAGGUCCUAUGAAUGAAUGCUUGAUCAAUGUGUCUUUACAGUCUUAGGGCUAUUCAGCUGGUUGUGGAUUUUAGCAAGCUCACAAACCUGAAAUAUAAUAUUUGAUUCUGUUCUGUGUUUUUGGUGUCGUACAAAGAAAGAAGGGACUAAACAAGCCUAUGUAAAAGAAAGCCAUCUGUACAAUUUUCUAGCGUGAAAAAAUCUCAAUGUGUUUGUACUGUAAAGUAGUCACCUCCCUGUAUAUAAAUGUAUGAGAACAUGUUAGAACAUGUACAGGCAAACCUUUUGUAAUCUGGAAUCAUUCUACAGUGAACAUGUACUAAUUAUAUUCUGCUUACAAUGGCUUUCAGCCCCAAACUAUUGUAUUUUGGAUAUUUGUUUUGUAAUGUGAGGUGGCACAGAAGAAAAAAUAACUUAUGAACAUUUUCUACUUUUGUGCAACAGCUGUAUUUUGCUGAAUGUGCUUAUUAUUGUUUUGUGAAAUGGGUGCAUUUUAUUUGUCAGAAGCACAAAUGGAACUAACGGACAGAUAGCUCAGCAAGAAAAACAUUGAACAACAUUUGUUUUUAUCAUGUGCUGCUUAUCCCAUUUGAGCAGGUUAUAGGAUUUUCAUCAGGUUCCUGACAGUCUAUUAGAUAGGAGGCAACCAGUCCAUUCUGCCACACCAAGAGCCAUUUCGAUUCACAAUUCACAGUCUAUUUUGAGGUAGCUGUUUAAUUUGUUUUUAAAGGCAAUUUGGCACUGCUCCUUUUGCAGUUCUUGAACUUCUGUAGCCAUAACCACAGUCUGAAAGUGUCUAUUAUUGACAAGUAUAGAUGCUUGCUUCUAUGCUCAAUGGCAAAUCCAGAUGCAUUUCAAUAUUGGUAACAUAACGUUUGAAAUACUUCAUCAAAUUUAAACAUCAAUCAGUAUUAAUUUAUAGAGCACUUUACAAAACUCAACAUGACCAAAGUACUGUCCAGUAGAAUACAUGCAUGUUAAGCAGUUUGACCACUGGGUCAUCACACCAAACAUGUUAGACCCACAUUAAGUUGUACAGAAACGAAAUGUAACUCACAUUAUGGAGUCUUUUGAACAUUCCCAGUUGCCAAGAGACCUUAAAGAUGAUGUACCAAAAGUGAUCCUUGUACUUGUUUUCAUAUAUUUUAAGUAUCCCAUGUUAGAGACUGAAGAGGAGGCCAAGCUCCUGGCCAAGUGUAACUUCUAAAUAAACACUUUACUCCAGGCAUCUGACAUGUAAUAAUCAAAUCAAUCUAAUCAGUCUUAAAAAGCCAACAGCAGUAUAGCCUAGGAAGUAAGAAGAGAUUUUCUGGCUAUAGUUAUGCCCUCUGUGAUUAAACAGGUUAAUGUGCAGAUGUGUUAACGAGAUGUUUUUGUUCAAGAAAAAUGACCAGAACUAUGUGACUGUUUUCUGUCAUUGAAUAGUAGUGCCUUUGUUACAAACUUCCUGUUUCAUGUCUUGUUACUCUGUCAUUUUUAUUGUAUAUUUAAAAAUAAACUAAAUCAGGGUU